AUGGAUUUUCACGGACCCAUCACACCGUCUACACAACGAGGAAACAAAUACAUCAUCGCAUUGACGGAUGUGUUAUCCAAGUUCGUCAUCACUAAAGCAGUACGCGAUUGCACUGCAGCAACGGCCGCACGAUUUAUCACCGAAGAAGCAAUACUCAAAUGUGGCACUCCAAAAUGUGUAUUGACGGAUAACGGAACACACUUCACAUUGGCAAUGAUGAAGGAUUUAUUCAAAAAGAUGGGUGUUACACAGUUAUAUUCCACACCAUAUCAUCCAAUGACAAACGGUCAAAUUGAGCGAUAUAACGCUACCAUGGAUUCAAAGAUAGCAGCACUAUCAAACGCCAAUAGGACCAAUUGGGAUGAACAAUUGUCGUUCGUUACGUUCAACUACAAUACCAGCAUCCAUACAACAACAGGACACAUACCUUUCGAACUGAUGUGUGGCCGAACACCUGUGUUACCAUUUGAUCAACAUGAAUCCAUGGUCAGUAUCGCCGAAGAUCCCAACCACGUCAACAAACUCAAACGAUACUUAGCAUCAUUAACGAACGACGCUCGGGACAACAUUCAACAACAACAGCAGAAAUACAAACACCGGUAUGACCAGUACCGCAUGAAUCCGAAGUACAUCAUCAACGAUCUGGUAUUAGUUAAAGUGUCCAACUUCCGAAAUAAAUUCGACAUUCGUCCAACACGUGAAAAAACACAUGUUGACACAACGAGUUACAAUCGACGUUCUCCGACCAUUGUGCGAACGCAAGAACAUAUCAUCUGGAUCGUCAACUCAUCGUCAGUCAAUUUCGCUGGAUAUUGUCGAACACCAUCGUCAGUCAAUUUCGCUGGAUAUUAUCGAACAUCAUCGUCAACUUAUCGUCGAUUUCGCUGGAUUAUCGAAUAUCAUCGUCAACUGAUCGAACAAUUAUACAAUGACAACAAGGAACUCGUGUGGAUCGUCAACCGAUGUACAUCGUAUGAAGUUCUUCACGAAUUGAUUGAACGUUCACAGCAAACGACGGUAUUUACGAUCGACACAGAAGAUCAAACACGACCUUCCCAAUCAUCUCUACCUGCUCUGAUUCAGGUUGAGUUUGUUUACAAGGAUCGGCCAUCAAUUUUGAUUUUGGUCGAAACAUUGUUCCUACCUCAACAACACGAAGAGAAAUUUCAGAAGAUCAAACAAAUAUUCAAGCAUAUUUUCGCAAGAAACAACCAAAUUCUCCUGUGGGGAGGAAUCAAGGAUGAGCUGGCGAAGUUUUACCGGUUCGAAUUAUUCAAUCGAAGCGACAUCGAUCAAGUGAACGAACGGAAUAUCCAAGACAAAUUCAAGGAAUAUUACCACGCAAAUUAUUCAUAUUCGCCUGAUAUGAAGAUGAACUCGAAUGAGAAGUAUUCACUCCAGCACGCGAUUCACAGCAUUUACAACGAGUGGUUAACCAAGAGAUUCACACUCGGUGACUUUGGAUGUGGUCUUGAUCCAGAACUAAAAACCGCGACAAUACCCGAACAAUUUUAUCAUCUUCGCCAACAAAUAUUGCAUGACGAAGAACAAUAUCGACAGCACCUCAUCCAAUACUCAUUGAACGACUGCUUAGCCGUCACCAAGCUUGCGAACGAGAUCAUCGAUAUCAAUGAGCACGAAGCAACGAAUCGAUACCUCUCCGAACAAACAAUCGACGAUGAACAAACGUACGAAAUCGAAAUACAUGCACCAACACACACACAAUUUACACCACCACCGACCACGGAUCCUGAAGACAUCGAAUAUGCAUUCGACGGUAAUUCCAUUUCACAGGCACAUGAAAAUUUCGUUUAUUUAGACGAUGGUCAAAAGGAGGUGCAUAUGGAUGAACUUCCUGAACUCACGAUACCAGAACAAUCAUUUGGGGUUCAUGCCGAAUAUGAACCUGCAAAUGAAGCCGACAUGGUGAUCAUGAACAAUGACCAACAGCAAGGAAUCGUCGAGCGAAUCGAAGCGGAAAUAACAACAACAAGACAGCUGAAAAGAACUCAACGGAAGAACAUGAAAAAACGAGCGAGACGGUAUGACUUCGAAGUGAUACGAUAUGUUUAUCACCGAUUCAACGAAACAAUGAUCAAGAAUAUAUUAGCACAUAUCAACAAGUAA